AUGAGCUCCACAACGCUCUCUUCAGUCAAGUGCAGCACAGGGUAUGCUGUAUCCCUUACUAUAACUGUUGCUGUUGUUGCAGUGAACCUCAUAUCAAUUAUUCUUUUUGUAAAGAAUAGUAAUCUUCGCACUCGUGCCAUGUACUCGGUUAUAAACUUGACCGUGGCUGAUAUGUUUGUUGGAGGAAGUGUCACUUUCUUUGAAGUAUUUCAUUUCCUCCUCUACGGUUGCGAAUCUGCAGAUGAAUUUCUCAUCCGGCCGAAAUUGCCACCUAUUUUUCUUGUGUUUACCACGAUCGGGCCGUUGCUCCCUCUCACCUCUGUAACAGGCAUUGCAGUAAUUUCUUUAGAUCGGAUGCAUGCGACUUUUUGUCCAUUCAGGCAUCGCAACAUCAAAAAAUGGGCCUACGGGGUAACAAUUGUGGGCGUCUGGAUUUUGACUGCGAUGAUAGUAUUUCCCUUUCCGUUAAUACGUCUCUAUGGGAACUUGCAUCAACAUUGGCAAUUG